AUGCCCGAAUCGCCUGCGCCCUAUGCAAGGCGCUCUACACGCCCACGCCGCGGUCACUGGACGCCCUCCCUGAUCGGCUCCUACGUCUUUGACUGGUUCAUCCUUGCUGUCGCUGGAGGUAUUGCAACGGUACUGGGAAUCGUCGAGCCGAACAAACGCCCCUUUUCCGUUCUUGACCCCAAUAUCUCCUUCCCCUUCACAGAACAUGAGACAGUCCCUAUGUGGCUGGCCGCCAUUAUCGCAGUUGGCGUCCCUAUCAUAAUUAUUGCCGCCGUAUGCCUCGCUCUCGUUCCCGGAAAUACUGUUCCCAGGGGAACUCCGAAGUCGCUCGUUUGGAAACGUAAACUGUGGGAGUUGCACGUUGGCUACCUCGGUCUCGCCCUCGCCCAUGUCGGCGCCUUCUUUAUCACAAACGGCAUGAAAAACAUGUUUGGAAAGCCGAGGCCCGAUCUUCUGUCGCGAUGCCAGCCCGACUUGGACAACAUUCAGGACUACAUCGUUGGCGGCACUUUUCCCAACAUCACUGGCUUGACCGGCACGACUGGUUUUGGCCAACUCGUAUCUGCAAACAUUUGCAAGAACACUGACUCGCACACACUUGAUGAUGGCUUCCGCAGCUAUCCAUCCGGUCACUCGAGCUCCGCCGCCGCCGGCUUGAUAUAUUUGUCUCUUUUCCUCGCCAGCAAGUUCGCCGUUACCGUACCUUUUGUAGCUUCGGACAACGGUGCUGAGUCUCACUCGGCCUUCCCAUCUCGUCUACAAAAGUCCGGCGUCGAUUACGAGGUACUGUCUGGCGAAGGUGGUUCUUUGAACCCCGACUCGGCAGGCGCUGCCAGGAACUUGGCGGAGCACAACAAGAUUGUGACUGCUGUCCGUCGCCAAGCCGCCGCCCCUCCCAUCUACCUUCUGACUAUCGUGGUCCUCCCAUGGUUCGCAUCGAUCUUUAUUGCUGGCUCUCGCUGGUUUGACUUCCGCCAUCACGGUUUCGAUAUUCUCUUCGGCUAUAUGAUUGGCAUCUUCACCUCCAUUUUUGCAUUUCGCUACUACCACCUCCCAAUCCGCCAGGGUGCGGGUUGGGCCUGGGGUCCUCGAAGUCACGACAAGGCUUGGUGGUCUGGUGUCGGAUCCUAUAGUUAUGCGACCGAGAAGGGCGACUUUAUCAGGGCAGGAGACGAGGAGGAAGCAUACAUGCCCAGACCGGUCGCGGGUCAAGCAUCAUCGACCCAAUACAUCAGCAAGGCCGGCUCCAAUGAAGGGGCGGAGCCUGAAUCCCGUUUCUAA